AUGUCUGGUAUACUGUCAUAUCUCACGGGGACGGCCAACCGGUCGGGCUCGAUCAAUCUGCCAAGCGUCGAGAUCCAUAACGUCGAGACCAACCCGGACCGACGAGCCCGGUGUCUCAAGCACCUGCUCAAGGCCAAUCACGUCAAUUACUCCGUCGUCUACCACAACCUGCAGUACGACAAUCACAACCCACACAUCUUGUGCUCGGCAUACCUGCUCGGGGCCGACCAAGAGCACCUCAAUCACAUAUACGAUGAGCAGAUCAAGCCUCUCGAGUCUUGGCGCCCGUCGCCGGCCGAACUCAAUGACUUGGACUGGCGGGAUUUCCUGGGCGACAAAAAUUACCAGAGGGCCUACCUUGACUACUUUGAGGACAAGCUCGCGAUGGAAUUCUCGUACGACUGGAAGAAGGUCGUGGAGCAUUUCAUGUUCGAGGGCGAUCAACCGCUGUACCAUGGGCUGAUCUGUGGACUUGGCCAUCCCCUCAUUCACCUGGGUUAUGCCUAUGAAAUGGACAACAAAGAGUUGGCGAUGGAGGCCCUGGCCCUCACCUCAGUCCAGCGCUGCUUCUUGAACAAGUACCUGGAUGACAAAGCAUACACCAAACCGUCUUCGUUGAAUGGAUCACCUCUUGAGCUGCUCAACAAGAUGUGCUCUGAUAAACGCUUCGGCAGCCUACCGAAGAAUCCCGAGUUUGACGAACUGGAGUCGAUCCUAGAGAAGCACGAAGACCUCGUUUUGGAGUACUGGAACGGAUGGAAUCUCGAUGACCCCCAGAAGCAGUUCGAGCUGUCCCAGGAAGCAGCAGUCGCUCUUCUCGUCGCCACGGUCCGGCCUGGCACGCACUCGUUCAACUUUGUCUUGGUCCACCUGCUCACGACGAGCCACGCCGUGCGCAUCCUCUUGCCCUGCUUCCCCAAACAGCACCGCAUCAAUCUCGUCAGGGAAUGGUGGCUGCUCGUCAUCGCCAUGUUCAUCAUGAAAGGCCGCCCGACCAUUGACCCUGAUAAUGUGGAAAAGGACAUUAAGCAAAAGCACUGGGGCUACGUCGAGGAGAAGGCACUCAAGUCGCCGUAUUCAACGGACGCCCAUUAUGUCAAAGCUAUCCGUGCAAUGAAGGAGGCAGCCAGGACAUGGGGAGAUGUUCACGAGCAGUAUCUACGUGCUGCAGUCACGUUUGUCGACAACUUCCAUGGAUGGACAUUUUGA